AUGCUCAAGUUGUCACAAUCGAAUCUUCAUACACUUGAAAUGAUUUCUUUCCUGAUUCUUCUUCUUGCCAAAACGAUUGUCGCAGACUGCGAAUGCGGAUAUACUGCGAAUGUCAAUUCGAGCGAUGUCACGGCUCCGACAACGUGGUUGUUCACUGAUAUCCUGGAAUCUGAUUUCUUUCACAUCGACAAUAUAACGUUAGAUACCGACUGGUAUGCACAGAACUAUUCUAUGACCCCAGAGGCGGCGCAGGGUCCUUAUGGAAUCAACUAUACCUUGUCGCAAGUGGUUAUCAAUCAUAUUUCGGAUCCGAGAAACUGGACUGGACCUGGCGAACUUGGAGGAGAUCCUGGAUUGAGGUUGACGGUUGAAGCUGGAACACCAAAGGAUGGAUAUGUCAAGACCGGACAGGUGAACUCUGCUAGAACAGAUAUGAUAUGGGGAACAUAUCGGGCAUCGAUGAAGUUGACUCCAAUAAACGGAACAUGCGCUGCGUUCUUUUGGUAUUUCGACGAUAGCCAGGAGAUUGACAUGGAGUUCUUGUCCGAUCAAUUCAAUUUCGAAAACGACACUUUCCCAGUAAAUCUGGUCCUACAAGCCGAUAAAAGCAAAAAGACAGGAUUCAACAGCGCGGACACAGGGAAUUAUCGAAGAGUCAACCUCCCUUUCAACCCUACCAACGCGUAUCACAAAUAUCGAAUAGAUUACCUACCUGGUUCAAUUGUCUUCUACGCAGACACCGAAGUACUCACAAGAUUCGACGCCUCAACAACACCCUUCUCACCAGGCCAUCUAAUCCUCACACACUGGAGCAAUGGAAAUAUCCUCUGGUCCGCCGGUCCACCAAUAGAAAAUGCCACAUUAUCGGUCGGAUAUGUCAAAGGAUACUUCAACUCUUCUCUUCCGAAACGACAAGAAGAUUGGAAACUACGAUGCAAAGAUCCUUCCGCAAAGGGCGCAGUCUGCAUCAUCCCAGACCAAAACACAGCACCCGAUCCCACUGUUAUGACAGCACCAGAUAGCAACCUCACCAGUGCUCAAGGCAAUUUCUUCAGUAACAACGAAAACCAAACUGUCAAUCAGACUGUUUACCAUAAAAGUACUGCACAACGCGACAUCCAUGGAGGAUUUACCGUGUUGGGAACGGUGGGGAUUGCGGUGGUUGUAUUUGUAUUUCUGUUUCAGUGA